AUGAGUUCUAUUCGGCCCGUACACCAGGGCAAUGCGCAAGAAUACAGCAUGUACGAUGAUCAGCCUUACGAAGAGGGUUUCCGCAGACCACAAGGACAAGGCUACGAAACCUCGAGGCAUGAACAUCACCAAGACGGCCUGCGAGCGGCGAAACUAUGCAAACCACAAAAUACCAAGACGACUUUCCCAGAGACGGCCACAGGAAUUACGACCAUAAUCGCCGCAGAUCCAGAUCUCCACGAAGAGAAAGGCGAGGACGAUAUAUCGAUCGAGAUGGAGAAGAUUACGAAUCUCCAGUUAGGUCACGGAGCCGGUCUCCGUACUAUGGCGGAGUACCAAAUCGGAAUGUUAUACUGGAGGGCAUUCCCAUAA